CCAUGGCUGCAGGAGACCUGGCAGGGAGCUUUCAGGAGGAGGUGACUUGCUCCCUGUGUCUGGACUAUUUUACAGAUCCAGUGAUAACUGACUGUGGGCACAACUUCUGCCGCACCUGCAUCAGCAAGUGCUGGGGGGAGUUGGAGCCAAAUGUCUGCUGCCCCCAGUGCAGGGAAACGGCCCCACAGAGAAACCUCCGGCCCAACAGGCAGCUGGGCAAUAUGGUUGAGCUGGUGAAGCAGCUGAAGCUGCAGGCAGGGAGGGAGCCCGAAGGCCAGUAUGUGUGUGAGAGGCACCAGGAGGCUCUGAAGCUCUUUUGUGAGGAGAAUGAAGCCCCCAUCUGCGUGAUCUGCAAAGAGUCCCGGGAACACCAAGGUCACAAGGUGCUUCCCAUUGAGGAGGCUGCCAAGGACUACAAGGAACAAAUCCGUAGCUGCCUGGAGCACCUGAGGGAGCAGAGAGAGGAACUGCAGGGCCUGAAAUGUGCCUGGGAGAAGGAGAGUGAAAGACUUCUGAGGCAGGCAGAGCUGGAGAGGCAGCUGGUGGUGUCUGAGUGUGAGGGGCUGCGCCAGCUCCUGGGUGAACAUGAGCGCUUCCUGCUGGCCCGCCUGGGAGAACUGGAUGCAGAGAUAAUGAGGAAGAGGGAGGAAAAUGCUGCCUACCUGUGCAAGGAGACUGCUCGCCUCAGCUCCCUAAUCAUGGAGCUAGAGGGGAAGUGUCAGCAGCCAGUGCCUGAGCUCCUGCAGGGUGUCCGAAGCGCAUAUAGAUUCUCUUGGUACAAUACCAGUACAGAUCCCACUGGUACAAGCUAUACAGGGAACAACACUGCUUUGCUAGUGGGUGAGGAGGUGAUGCCUCUGCAUCCAGGCCCCAAGUUCCCUGACCUGGAGAAGAGAAUCCAGAAUUUCCCCAAGGAGAAAAAGCUUCAGGAAGCUGUGAUGGGAUUUCUGAAGGGGCUGGCUGCAGAGAGAGUGGAUGUGACUCUGGACCCAGGCACAGCUUAUCCUGAACUCAUACUGUCUGAGGAUCGGAAAUGUGUGAGACACGGAGACACACAACAGGACCUACCCAACAACCCUGAAAGAUUUGAUACUUGCCCAGAAGUCCUGGGCUCUGAGAAGUUCACAGGCGGGAGGUACUACUGGGAGGUGGAGGUGGGAGACAAGACAUGCUGGGCUCUGGGUGUGUGCAGGGAGUCUGUGCACAGGAAAGGGCUGGUCACACUGUCACCUGAGGAUGGGUACUGGGUCAUGUGGCUGCGAGAUCAGAAAUUCAAAGCCCUCACCACCCCCCCAACUCGCCUCCCCAUGCGCCUGCGGCCCAGAAAGGUGGGUGUUUUCUUAGACUAUGAGGUGGGUGAAGUCUCAUUUUACAAUGUGACUGAUGGGUCCCACCUCUUCACUUUCACUGAAACCUUCUCUGGGACCCUGCGCCCAUAUUUUUAUACUGGUCUCAGUGCUGGGGGCACCAAUGCAACUCCCCUGAUCCUGUGCCCAGUCCCAACCAAGCCCUGAGUUAGGGAAUCCCUGUCAUCGCCCUGGCACACAUGGCACAGACUGUCUCAUCCCAGCCUUGCCUAACUGCCAGCCCUUGGGUGCUCCCAAGGUUGGGGUAGGUGAAGCAUGGCAGGGCUGGGCUGGAGUUUCCCAGUCACAGAAACUGCUUCAGCUUGUACCCUGCUGUUGCCCUAUGCUCCAGGGUUUAUUUCUCAAUCCUCACACUCACAGCACCACUAACUGAGAGGGACGAUCUCCAGAUUGCCUUCACUUGUAGUUCCAUCUCCAGAUUGCUGUCCUUCACUUGUAGCUCACUGCAGUUCCUCUGGGUUUAUUACUUUGUUACUCUGUUCACCGCUUUCAGCAUUGUCCUUCAUCUUCUGUUCUUCCUCUCUUCCCCAUCUUGUAUUAACAAAAAAAUGUUGGGCAGCCUUCUCUCUGCAUGUCUUCACAGCAUCUGGUGAGUGCUCACUUACAAAAGCUGAUGCAUAUCAGAUUCAGUAUGUCCAGUGGUGCUCAAAUUUUCUGGUAUGCUGGUCUGAGUCUAGAGCCAUGCAUAGGGUCUAGGGCCAUGUGUGAGAUACGACUGGGCAA